GGCUUAUGUAUUAAUAGGGGAAACCUCAAUUGAUGAAUACCUACAUAGGAGGUAGGUAUCUAGGGUUGUUGUUGCCCCUGUAUUAAAGGCAUAUCGUGCAAGGGUAUAAGUGCUAACUCGAGCUGCCGAAAUCCACUAACCUAGGAGGUAAUCCGUACCUACCUCUGAAAUAACGAACGGUGAGAAACCUUAGGAGGCAGCUACAACGUCGUUGAUAUUUUAAUGAUAAUAAUUCGAGAAGGAGUUGCACAUUAAAUAGGUAUAAAUCCACCUCCUACCUAUCAUAGUCUUAUUUUUGAACCCCCCAAAAAAUAAUAUGAUUCAUCUUUUUUCAACAUCGUUUUUGUAAUUCACAGUCAACCGUCAACAUGAUUCCCAAUGUCUUUCAAAUGUCACUUACAUGCCUCCUCUCGGUUGCUGCGAUGGUUUCCGCGACCACGCCUCUUCGUAACAUCAUGUAUCUCACAGGACAACAUCCCAUUACACCCGAACUACCUCUUAGCUCGCCUAUAACUCACGUAGCUAUGGCGUUCAUGAGCCCUGACCUAUUCAACCGUCCCGUAGGCAGCUCUACCUGGCCUCUGUUCAUGACCGUUAGUGAAGCUCGCUCUAAAUUCAACCCCGGAACCAAAGUGAUAGUAGCCAUCGGUGGCUGGGGUGACUCGGCCGGUUUCGAUACCGGCGCACGUACGAAUGAGAGCCGCACGAGAUUUGCUCAAAAUGUAGCCGCCAUGGUCCACGAUACGGGUGCUGAUGGCGUCGAUAUUGAUUGGGAGUAUCCGGCAGGCAACGGCGAAGACUGGAAGAAGGUUCCCAAUGAGGAGAGAGCCUGGCAAGUCGCCGCGUACCCAGAGUUUCUCGCCGAUGUACGCAAGGCUCUAGGCCCGGAUAAAAUUAUAUCGGCAGCGGUACCAGGUCUCUUAAGAGACAUGCUCGCCUUUAAAGCCGAGACCGUCCCCCGUAUUAUGGAAUCCCUCGACUUCUUGAACGUCAUGACUUACGACCUGAUGAACCGCCGCGAUAAUGUGACGAAACACCACACCGGCGUUCAAGCUAGCUUAGACUCUGUGCAUGCGUACUUGGAAAGGGGUGCAACACGCGACAAGAUUAACCUCGGCUUUGCUUUUUACGCAAAGUAUUUUCGCACCGAGCUCGCGCCGUGCGUGGAGAACCCGAUCGGCUGUCCUACCGGUCUAAUGGAAGACCCGGACACGGGCGCUGACCUGGGCCGAGCUGGGUCCUUCUCGUGGCGCGAUACCGUCCCUGAAGACGUCGAGUCAUCGUUCAACAAAGCCAUUACAAAAGGAAGUUAUGAUGAAGUUGGGGGUGGCUACUACUACUGGGAUCAAGAUGAGGCUAUCUGGUGGACCUUUGAUACUCCGCUAGCCGUCGCCAAGAAGUUCCCUCGCAUCGUUGAAAAGGAAAAGCUAGGCGGCGUAUUCGCAUGGGGAUUAGGCGAGGACGCGCCAAAAUGGGCACAUCUCAAGGCGCUCAACGCCGGAGUAAGGCAACUAUCCAUCAGAAAAGAGGAACUAUAGAUGUUUUCUUUCUGAUUCGAAGUAUACUGAUUAGCAAAAUUCGCGUACUGCUAAGAGAGUAUGGUCCUCCUUCUCGGUUUACAUGUUUAUAACAGCAGCCUUAUUAAACUACUAUUACUCAAGAGGUAGAUACAUGCUCGCGUUUAGGACACGUAAUACAAGAA